UCGCGGCGGCUCCGCUCCGCUCGCGGCGCUUUUGCCCCCUCGCGCCGUUUCGCUCUUUCUCGCGGUCCCCGUGGAGCGGAGGGAAUGUUGCGGAGGCCGUGAAAAGUGGAAGCAGCUCAACUAUCGCGCCCUGCCUGCGCGGAUGGAACAGCGUGUCCGAGUGGGAUCACUUAUUAAUAUUUUCCGAAUCCGAUUCCGACGACGAGUCGACGUUCCAUUUGAAUUUCAACUCUUUGAAGUGUAACGAAAAAACAGCGGCAGCUUGCGAUGUCUCUGCUCUGCGUGAGAGUGAAGAAAGCCAAGCUUCAAGGACCCCCAGAUAAAUUUAAUUCAUAUGUGACUCUGAAGGUUCAGAACGUCAAAAGUACAACCAUCACGGUACGUGGAGAUCAGCCAUGUUGGGAGCAAGACUUCAUGUUCGAAAUCAAUCGCCUUGACCUGGGACUGACCGUGGAAGUGUGGAACAAAGGAUUGAUCUGGGACACCAUGGUGGGCACAGCCUGGAUCCCCCUGAAAAGCAUCCGUCAGUCGGAUGAGGAGGGUCCUGGUCAAUGGACUUUCCUGGAUGCCGAGGUGCUGAUGAAGGCCGACGAGAUCUGUGGAACCAAGAAUCCCACUCCCCAUCAAGUCCUUCUGGACACACGCUUUGAGUUGCCCUUCGACAUCCCAGAAGACGAAGCUCGCUACUGGACCGGCAAACUGGAACGCCUCAACACAAUGGGGAUACAUGAUGAGUACCCGUUGCAAGACGAAGUCCAAGGAGGACCACUGGCUUCAGCCGCCUCCCAGUGUUCCCUAGAUGACCAUGACAGCGCUGUGGAUGACCGUGACAGUGACUACCGCAGUGAGGCCAGCAGCAGUCUGCCCCCCCGCUAUCACACUACAGCCCAGCCUAACUCGUCUAUGCACCAGUACCCUAUGGGGUCCCUGAAAGACCGUCAGAUAGAUUUGAGGGAGUCCUGCACAGAUUCUGUGCGGAGCUACGACAUGGACUUCCAGGAACACCGUGGGGCCAGCCCGGUGGACAGCAAUCACUCGGACUCCUCUGGGGACCUCAGUCAAGCUAGCUCUCAGCUCAGCGAAGUAGCUCAUGUCGGUGCUCCUGCGCUGGAGAUCGAGGAACGGCGUGUCCUGCAAUCCUACCACUCGUACCACAGCUCUGGCAGCUAUUGCCCUCCCGGCAGCCAUGUGUCCUGCGAGGAGGAUGGGCUGCAGUCUGGCCAAGGACAGAAGAGCACCAUUUACAAUAACAGAACUACCCCAGUGCCAUGUGUUGCAAGCACAGUGAAGUCUGAGAAACCAGUGAAAAGUUUUGCGGCGGGUGAAUGUCCACCCUUUUCACCGUCAAGGAUUCGUUGGCUGAAGGCUAUCAACAGAGUUCGUAUUCAGCUGCAGGAGCAGAGGGAAAACGAAGACGGUGGGAAGCAGGUUUGGACCAAACCCGGCGAUGGGAGCGGUCUCUUCGGAAUUGACAGCAUGCCCGACCUCCGCAAGAAGAGACCUGUUCCACUUGUCAGUGACCUGUCUUUGGUGCAGUCCAGGAAGGCUGGGAUCACUUCUGCUAUGGCUACGCGCUCAUUCAUCAAGGAUGAGGAGCUGAAGAACCAUGUCUACAAGAAGACCCUCCAAGCCUUGAUCUACCCUAUCUCCUGCACCACACCACACAAUUUCGAAGUAUGGACAGCUACCACACCAACCUACUGCUAUGAGUGUGAGGGGCUACUGUGGGGCAUUGCACGCCAAGGCAUGCGCUGCACUGAGUGUGGCGUCAAGUGUCAUGAGAAGUGCCAAGACCUUCUCAAUGCCGACUGCUUACAGCGAGCUGCAGAAAAGAGCUCCAAACAUGGGGCUGAAGAUCGCACUCAGAAUAUCAUCAUGGCUAUGAAGGACCGCAUGAAGAUACGUGAGAGGAACAAGCCUGAGGUCUUUGAGAUGAUCCGGGAUGUGUUUGCCAUCAGCAAGGUCAUCCAUGCCCAGCAGAUGAAGACAGUUAAGCAGAGUGUGCUAGAUGGGACCUCCAAGUGGUCUGCCAAGAUUAAUAUCACAGUACUGUGUGCACAGGGACUGCAGGCCAAAGACAAGACCGGCUCUAGUGACCCCUAUGUUACAGUCCAGGUGGGCAAAACCAAGAAGAGGACAAAGACCAUCUAUGGCAAUCUGAACCCGGUCUGGGAGGAAAAGUUCCACUUUGAGUGCCACAACUCUUCGGACCGCAUCAAGGUCCGCGUGUGGGAUGAGGAUGAUGACAUCAAGUCCCGUGUGAAGCAGCGACUGAAGCGAGAGUCAGACGACUUUCUCGGUCAGAGCAUUAUUGAGGUUCGCACGCUGAGCGGGGAAAUGGACGUCUGGUACAACCUGGAGAAGAGAACAGACAAGUCGGCAGUAUCCGGGGCCAUCCGGCUACAGAUCAGUGUUGAGAUCAAAGGGGAGGAGAAGGUGGCACCCUACCAUGUUCAGUACACAUGCCUGCAUGAGAACCUGUUCCACCACUUGACGGACGUUUUGGGCCAGGGCGUGGUCAAGAUUCCAGAUGCUCGUGGGGAUGAUUCGUGGAAGGUGUACUUUGAUGAUGUGGCCCAGGAGAUCGUGGAUGAGUUUGCAAUGCGUUAUGGCAUUGAGUCCAUCUACCAGGCUAUGACACACUUUGCCUGCCUUUCCUCCAAGUACAUGUGUCCUGGGGUUCCGGCAGUGAUGAGCACCCUGCUUGCCAACAUCAACGCAUUUUAUGCCCAUACCACGGCCUCGACGAAUGUGUCUGCCAGUGACCGCUUUGCGGCAUCCAAUUUUGGGAAAGAACGCUUUGUUAAACUUUUGGAUCAGUUGCACAAUUCUCUGCGCAUUGACCUCUCCACUUACCGUAACAACUUUCCUGCCAGCAGUAAGGAGCGCUUACAGGACCUCAAGUCCACUGUGGACCUCUUGACGAGCAUUACCUUCUUCAGAAUGAAGGUUCAGGAGCUACAGAGUCCCCCAAGAGCUAGCCAGGUUGUGCGGGACUGUGUGAAGGCCUGUCUGAACUCUACCUAUGAGUACAUCUUCAGCAACUGCCAGGAACUGUACACAUGCCAGUAUCAGCCAGCGGCUCAUGAGAAAGAGCUGCCCAUUGAAGAACAGGGCCCCAGCAUCAGGAAUCUGGAUUUCUGGCCCAAACUCAUCACCCUGAUUGUGUCAAUCAUUGAGGAGGACAAGAAUUCCUAUACCCUGGUGCUCAAUCAGUUCCCUCAGGAACUCAAUGUAGGAAAGGUUUCUGCAGAAGUCAUGUGGACUCUGUUUGCUCAAGACAUGAAGUAUGCUAUGGAAGAGCACGAGAAACACAGACUGUGCAAGAGCGCCGACUAUAUGAACCUGCACUUCAAGGUGAAGUGGCUCUACAACGAAUAUGUGAAGGACCUCCCUGCGUUCAAAGGGCUUGUUCCAGAGUACCCAUCGUGGUUCUUACAGUUUGUGUUGCAAUGGCUCGAUGAGAAUGAGGACGUCUCCAUGGAGUUCAUGCAUGGGGCCCUUGAAAGAGACAAGAAGGAUGGUUUUCAGCAAACGUCCGAGCACGCACUCUUCUCCUGUUCUGUGGUGGACGUCUUUACGCAGCUCAAUCAGAGCUUUGAGAUCAUUAAGAAGCUGGACUGUCCCGACCCGAAGGUCAUGGCACAAUACAGCCGCCGCUUUGCCAAGACCAUCACCAAGGUUCUGCUCCAGUACUGUGCCAUCCUGACCAAGAGCUUCGCCACAUACUGUGACAAGGAAAAAAUACCCUGUGUCCUCAUGAACAACGUGCAGCAGCUCCGUGUCCAGCUGGAGAAGAUGUUUGAGUCUAUGGGUGCCAAACAGCUGGACCCUGAGGCCAGCGACCUCCUGAAUGAGCUGCAGGUGAAGCUGAACAAUGUGCUGGAUGAGCUGAGUGCCACUUUUGGAAACAGCUUCCAAGGCCGGAUCGAUGAUUGUCUGAGGCAGAUGGCAGAGCUCUUAUACCAGGUGAAGGGCCCCGUUAAUGCCAAUAGCCGCAACACGGCGGAGGCCGAUUCGGACAAUGUGCUUCGGCCUCUCAUGGACUUCCUGGAUGGAAACCUGAUGUUGUUUGCCACUGUGUGUGAGAAGACUGUACUAAAGCGUGUGCUGAAGGACCUGUGGAGGAUUGUUAUGAAGAGCCUGGAGAAGACUAUUGUGCUGCCCCAGAGCAGUGAUACCUCAGGAGCCCAGAUAAUUCUCUCAGCAGCAAAAGAGUUAGGUCACCUUUCAAAACUGAAGGAUCACAUGGUUUCCGGAGAGGCUAAAAGCCUGACCCCAAAGCAGUGUGCAGUCAUGGAUGUGGCACUGGACACGAUAAAGCAAUACUUCCAUGCCGGAGGGAAUGGGCUGAAAAAGUCCUUCCUGGAGAAGAGUCCGGAGCUUUCUUCCCUGCGCUAUGCACUCUCCCUCUACACCCAGACCACCGAUGCCCUGAUAAGGACCUUUGUCACCACACAGCAUGCCCAGGGUUCAGGAGUGGACAAGCCAGUGGGCGAGGUCUCUGUACAGGUGGAUCUUUUCACUCACCCUGGUACUGGCGAACAUAAGGUUACAGUGAAAGUUGUGGCAGCCAACGACCUGAAGUGGCAGACUUCUGGCAUGUUCCGCCCUUUUGUGGAGGUCAACAUUAUAGGGCCCCACCUUAGCGAUAAAAAACGAAAGUUCACCACGAAGUCCAAGAACAACAGCUGGGCGCCUAAGUUCAACGAGACCUUCCAUUUCAUUCUGGGCAACGAGGAUGGGCCACAAUGCUACGAGCUGCAGGUGUGCGUGAAGGACUACUGCUUUGGCCGGGCAGACCGCGUCGUGGGCAUCGCCGUCAUGCAGCUGCGCGAUGUGGCUGAGCGGGGGAGCUGUGCCUGCUGGUGUCCCCUGGGCCGGCGACUGCACAUGGACGACACGGGCCAGACGGUGCUGCGCAUCCUCUCCCAGCGUACCAACGAUGAGGUGGCCAAGGAGUUCGUGAAGCUCAAGUCUGAGAUGCGCUCGGCCGAGGAGGGCCGGUGAGGGGCGAACCGGAAGGGGAGGCGCCGUUAAACGCCUGUGGGAGUCCGUGGAAGGACGAAGGCCACCAAGCAGAACCUGGCGGGUACAAGUUGAACCCGAAAGGGGGACGCAUCCAUCUUCUGUACUGCCGCUGUCUGCAUUGGCUCUGAGCUGCUCGUCGCACUCGGGCCGACUUUGCUCCUGCCUUACAAACACACACGUGCACAGACACGCUUGCAUUCUGUCGUCUGACACAUAAGUUCUUCGUUCACGUCUAUCUUGCCAAGCACCUACAGUACUUGUUUGUGUCGACUGUUCCCAACUGUGCACGUGUUUUCUUGUUCAUGCCUUACACCUACCUACAUGUGGUAAACAUGUGAUGUUGGACAUUGACUGUGCUGCUCAGUGGUAAACAGUAGAGAUCUUUGUGUGACUGAAUUCCCUCGUUUUGUUGUCACGAUACGUGUGUAAUAU